UUGGUAUUUGCCGGGUUCACACCCUGCAAUGAUUAUAAGGCAACACCAACACUUCUCUGUGACUCACAUUUACUACCACUUCCCCCAUGGAUCCCUCAAGGAUAAGAGAGAAAAUCGGUCGCUUUCAAAUCCUUGUUAUAGGAAGAGUGAACACAGGGAAAACUACCAUCCUCGAGAGAGUUUGCAACAUGUGGGACAACUCUGAAAUAUACAAUAGUGCCAGGGAAAAGAUCGAUGCUGCAGUUUUAAAGGCAUCUAAAGAGCGUGGAGAGCACAACAUCGAGAAUGAAAUGGUUUUUCAAAGCAACCUGGGAUUCGUGUUCCACGACUCAUGCGGUGUAGAAACAACAAUACUGAGAGGAACAAAUGAUGCUCCUGACUGUAUCUAA